ACGGAUACCUAUCGAUUCCGUAUUCUCCUCUGUUCCGCUCUCUCUUCCCCAAUCCGAUUAGGGUUUUACGCUUCCCCGUCUCCGCCUCCACCUCGAAUCCUUCUCUCUCGCCGUCUCCAUCUCCGCCUCGAAUCCUUCCCUCUCCCCGCCUCCGAUCAAGCUUCUCCGGCUUCCGAUUCUCCCUGACGCCACUCCCUUCACCACUCUUCACGCCCGCUGUCAUGGCGUACAGGGCGCCUACUCUCCGGCCGCAGCUCGCGGCGUCUCCGGCGAGCCGAGUUCCGCUAUCUGAUUCUCGUCGGCCGCCAGUAUAUUCCGGAAGUAACGGCUUCUGGAGCGGCAGAGGCAGAUCGGGUCGCGCUUCGACCAGCUCGAGUAGGGUUGAGGACAAGGUACUCCGACGACGAGGUUUGGAUGGUGACCAAACUUCAGUCCGCGCUUUCUCGAGCCCAAGAGAAGGGGCGAAUUGGAUGGGCAGUAGUCCCGCUUCCUCUAGCAGCAGCAGUAGUAGCCAUGCUUCCUCCUCGAGCGAAAGUUGGAUUAGAGAUAAGCUGUCCGGUGUCCGUCCGUCAUCGCUCGCCGGGCGGGCACCGACCACCGGCACCAAGAGGCAGUGCAGCAGUCCUCCGCCAUCAGCUGAUCGUUCAGAGAAGAAGGCGAAAGAAGAUCUGGCGAUGGAGGAGCCUCCGGAGGCUCUGGCAAUGGAGGAGCAGCAGGAUGCACUUGCAACUAAGGAGCAAGCUCUGGCAAUGGAGGAGGAGCAGGGUGCCCCUGCAACUAAGGGGGAGCAGGAGGUGUUGCCCGAGAUGGAGGAGGAGCAACUGGUGAUGGAGGAGGAGCAGGAGUCGUUGGCGAUGGAUAAGAUGGAGUCGGGGAUGGAGGAGCAGCCAGGGAUAGAGGAGGAGGUGUUGCCGGAGAUGGAGGAGCAACUGAUGAUAGAGGAGGAGCAGGAGUUGUCGGCGAUGGAUAAGAUGGAGUCGGGGAUGGAGGAGCAGCCAGGGAUAGAGGAGGAGGUGUUGCCGGAGAUGGAGGAGCAACUGAUGAUAGAGGAGGAGCAGGAGUUGUCGGCGAUGGAUAAGAUGGAGUCGGGGAUGGAGGAGCAGCCAGGGAUAGAGGAGGAGGUGUUGCCGGAGAUGGAGGAGCAACUGAUGAUAGAGGAGGAGCAGGAGUUGUCGGCGAUGGAUAAGAUGGAGUCGGGGAUGGAGGAGCAGCCUGGGAUAGAGGAGGAGCAACCGGCGACGGAGGAGGUGCCGGCGAUGGAGACACCAGUGCUGGAGAAGGAAUCUGUGCCGUACUUUGCUGGGCCGUCGUUCAACUUCGCACCACAUCCGAGCGAACUCCCUUUUCCAUCUUUACUUAUUCACUUAAUUCAUUCUCACUGAUCCCUUUCUUACAUUGUGUUUUAUGAUGCGAAUUCCUUACUGUUUUUUUACCUAACUAAGUGUCUUUAUUCUAUUUUCCUUAACAGGACGAACGUGGAGAGGUGAGGACAAGAUGAAUGUUGAUUCGAUGCACUGUCGGCGGUCAGCUUACCCAGCAGUCACUGCCUCAGCUCAGCCAUCCAGGCCACUGCCUUCAUGAGACAUGCUCCAACUAGAACAUGUAGUUAUUUGUUUUCUUCCCCUCUCCCUAUCAGGCUUCAGGGCUUGAUCAGUUACUUUUUUUUCUUCUUCCUCCCUCCCUAUUAGGCUUGAUGUCAAUACGUUUUGUAACUUGCUCAAUCUUAACUAAAUGGAUGCAAUCGUUGCCCCUAAGAUUAUGUAAAUGGCUCAAUCUUAAUGGAAUAAAUAAAUGGCAAUCUUUA